GAGCAACAUAGUACGGAACAGAACCAGAAAUUGUGCACAUCAUAUGUUACCCUCCGAAAACACGUCACACUUCGUGGACACUGGCUUUAUAGUUCAUGUCCAUAGUUGUUAACGUCUACAGAAGGCGUAUCGCUUUGAAAGAUUCAUCAUCUAAAAGCGGGCCAUGAAUCUUUCAUUCUUCUCUGUGUUGUAAAUAGAUAUGUCAUUCCUAAUCUAAUCGUUAUUCGCGAAAAAACACAUUAACUCCAGACUUCAGUCGCAAUAUUUCUUGUGAGAACACUAGUGUAAUUUUUCACAUUGUGUCGACCAGUGCAAGUGUUCCCAGGGAAUUAUUGGUCUCAUAAAAUUUCAUCCAUAAAAUCGUCUAUAAUCGUUUAUAUACACCUUUUAAUAUAUCAAAGGUGUGUCGUUUAUAUAUAAAGUUAAUGAUCAUAAAAAUGUUUAUUGCUUUUUAUUGAGAUGGAAGUUGUUAAUCACAUCGAUACCAUCGAUGGGAGUGCAGAUGAAAAUACAAUGAACGACGAAACUAUUGGUGUAGUUUUGGAAGAAGCAGAAAUAGUGGAUUGUGAUGCUGAGGUAGAGGCUGAUGAUGAUAAUGUACAGUAUCAUUUAUAUGCAAUAAACAGAGGUGACAAUACAGUAGCUUAUAAAGUUAUGCAAGUCAGCAAUAAUCACAGAGAAAACAAUGAGGUUUCUAUAGCCACUCCUGUAAACAAUACAGUACAGGUUUUAGCAUCGUCGUUAAAUGGACAAUUCUAUGUACUCAGUAAUGGCAAUGAUGUUGCGACAUCAGAGUCUGCAAGAACAGUUGCACCACGUGUAACCAAAUUACAGUUAGAAGGGUCACAGAAUAUUAUUACAAAUAGAGAUGAAAGGCGAAGAGCAACACACAAUGAAGUUGAGAGACGUAGAAGAGAUAAAAUUAACAAUUGGAUUACUAAGUUAGGGAAACUCUUGGCAGAAUGCGAUCAAAAUGUGAAUAAAGAGGGAGAUGCAAAAGGGAAUUUUGAACCACAAAGCAAAGGAGGUAUACUAGCACGAGCUUGUGAAUACAUUACAGAAUUAAGGGAAGCUCAGGAAAAACUUUCCCAGAGUAUGGAUGAAAACGCACAGUUGAUAGAAGAAGCUAAGACUCUUCGACAAGUCGUAAGUCAAUUGAGAGAUGAAAAUUCAAAAUUAAAAGUGCAAAUUUCAAAGCAGGGUAAUACAUUUGUCCUGGGUACUUAGAUUAGGAUUAGCAUUGGACAAAGCAAAAUCCUUUUAUUGCAUUAUCUUAUGUCAGUAUAAAUAUAUCUUUUUUUAUCACAUUAUAUAAACAAAUAAAAAGAAAGAAAUCAUGAAUAAAGUAUGAUAGUUACAAAAUGUUUAUUUACAUAUAU